UCAACAUCGAAGGCGAAUGUCGAAAAGUGUUUCGAGGUCAAUGUGUCUGCUGCUGGCAACUCAUCGUUUAAAUUAAAUACACAAUCUGCAGCGAGUUCAGCGAGCAGGCGGAUAAAGGACGGCCCACUCGAACUCAGCUCGGCGCGACUAAACUGGAACCCGAACCUGCACCCAAACCCAAACGCAGACCCAAAAGCCAGCCAAACCAAUUCGACGCCAACGCCAAUUUUAACUACUGUUGGUGGCGCCAGCAGCGAAUAGCGAAUAAUUGAAUCAUAAAGGACACGGACGGGCCACCGAAAGGAUCCAGAAUUCAGGAUCAACAAAGCCGAGCAAAUAAUUGCUGUAUAGUAGUGUGCACGGAACGUGGUCCAAAUUCUACUCUCUUCUCCCCCCCAACCACUCAGUCCGGCGGAGGGGCGUGGCACAUUGCAAAGAAGGCGGCUGCAGGGAAAUGACAGGCGUCCUGCUUUAAUUAAAGCCGGGACGUGGGCGUCGGCGUGUGCGAGGGUGUGGGCGUGGGUGUGAGGCCCGAAAGUGUGCGCUGCAAUAAAACGGAGGAAAUUGAAACGCAAUGUGGCUGAUGCCGCGGACCGUGGACAACGCAACAAAGUGGACGAAAUUGCUUUUGGAACAGCACGGGAUAGUAGAAGUGGCAGCAGGGGCAGUCGAAUUAGCAGAGCAAGACAUUAAUUUUGAUUAAAUUCACCUGAACAUUUCGCAUUCAAACAACAACCGACUGAGUGAAAUAUUAGUCCAAAAAACAGAGCGAACAAUUAAAGCGAAUAUUUCAAGCAGCCGAGCCGCCUGGAGUGUGCAUAAAAUUCUUUGGAGCUGCAGCAGCAGGAGGCAUCUUGUGAAAGUCGUCGGUUUUGCGUGCCGCAGGCAUUGCAACAGCCACACAUGAACACGUCGCUGUGACAGGAGGUGCGCAGAAGGGAGGCGAAGUCGGGACCCCAGCAAAACAGCAUAAU